GCACACACAAGCACACUAUAGCCAUCAUCAAUUAAUUAACUAGAAGGUCCCAUCCAUUCAUCAAACCUUAGUUUUCAACUAUGGUACUUGGAAUAGGGCAUUAUCAUAUGACAGUAGAGGACUUCCGGCAAUGGCUGACUAAGGUGGUGGACCGGAACCAUGAUGGCCGGAUAAGUAUCUCAGAGUUACGACAUGCUCUCAAAGGCAUGGGCUAUAACAUGGCUGCAUGGAAGGGGUUCUGGGGAGUUGUUUCCAAUGAUCUGAAUCACAAUGGUUACAUUGAUACUGAGGUGGAGAUCCUUGCCCUUGCUAGCUAUGCUGCUCGUGUCUGGGGAAUCACCAUUGUCUAGUGUUUUUUAUGUACCAAGACCCACACCUUCAACUGCAUGCUUUUAGUCAAUUAAUUAUGUGUGUGUACAUGUUUAAUUAAAUGUACUUUUGUUUGUAUGUUUUCUUUGUUGUUUUGAAUGAUCUUGUUGGUACUAUGUAUUUAUUUUUAAGCAAACACAAGUUUUACGGUCA